CUGGGGGAUCGAGAGGACAGACAGGCCGCUGGAUGGAUCAGCUAUUUCAUUGUCCUAGGAUCCCUGAUACAAUCUGGUCUAUGGAAAUGCAGGAUCUAGCAAGUCCUCACAGCCGAGUAAGUGGAAGCAGCGAAUCUCCUAAUGGUCCCAACCUCGACAACUCGCAUAUCAAUAACAAUUCCAUGACACCCAAUGGCACUGAAGGUGAUAACAUCACAAUGCUUACCACAGCAGACUGGUUGUUAAGUUCUAGCUCACAGUCCGCUACAGUUAAAACAGAGCCAAUGAGCGGCACCGAAAUCGCCACCUCGGUAGCAGACGUCACUCUAGACAGCUUCUCAGGAUCAGCUAUUGGAACCAGUGGCUUCAGCCCAAGACAAACUCACCAGUUCUCUCCACAGAUUUACCCUUCCAACAGACCAUAUCCACAUAUUCUUCCUACCCCUUCAUCCCAAAAUAUGGCUUCGUAUGGGCAGUCUCAGUACACCACAGGAAUGCAGCAGGCUACAGCUUAUGCUAGCUACCCCCAACCUGGUCAGCCCUACGGCAUUCCAGCCUAUGGCAUAAAGACGGAAGGGGGGCUGAGCCAGUCCCAGUCCCCAGGACAGACUGGCUUCCUCAGCUACAGCUCUGGGUUCACCACACCCCAGACUGGCCAGGCUCCCUACAGCUACCAGAUGCAAGGUGAGCACAUUCUGCCUUGUCUGUUCUACGUGUCGCCCUGCAACCCACCGCGCCUCCAAGCCCCCGACUCUUAUCGCGCCAUCUUCUCUCCUCCUUUCCACACGUCUUUGCAGCUUCCACCUCUGUCCUCUUUUCGUCCAUCAGUUUUUUCUGUCUUCCUUACUUUCGAAUGUGUUCAUUAA